AUGGCCCUUUCAAAGAACUACACCGAAGAACAGCUGAACUACUUCAGAAUUUGUUAUAUAACCACUGAUAUACUAGCCGAAGGCCUCAGAGAGCUUUUUAAACGUGAAUGGGACAAUCAAUAUAAAUCAACACCAUUGGGAGAAUGGAAAGAUGUGGCCCAGAAUGGAACGGACUUUUACAACGGCGAGUCUCCAAGAAAUCAAAGAAGAAAUGCUCGUCCUUUGGCCACCAUGAAAAAUGGAAACAGAGGGGAAUGGGAUUGCACAAUGCUGUUUUACGCCAUCCUUUACUCUGGUUGUGUCGGGCCCUACCUUGCAUCAACAGUCAGAAACAAUGUGGAUGAUCUUAGAAAAUUUAGAAACGAGGAAUUCGCCCACAUACUACAGGGAAGUCUCCCUGAGAUAGAUUUUCAGAAUGCCGUUGGCAAAGUUCAUGUUGCGUUCCAUGCGCUUGGUCUCUCUACUGUAAAAAUUGACGGGAUAAAAAAUCAGAAAACUUUCCCAACGGACGAAUUAGAUAACAUUCUGAAAGAGGUUGACGAUGUUAGACAAGAACUUCAACAAAAAGAGAAACAGCGCCAGGUUCUUGCAGACCAGCUUCAGAAAGAAGCGCCUUCAUUCUGUAUUCUCCCUCCUAAACCUACACACGAAAUUGAAAGCCGUGAAAGGGAAGUAGCAGAAAUAGCACAUCAGCUAAAGGAACUAAAGAAGGCCAACGAGAACAGGUUGAGUUAUCUGUACAUCUCAGGGAAUCCAGGAAGUGGCAAAUCACAACUAGCUGGCCUCGUAGCUGAAAGAUUCUUUGAUGAAGUAAAAGAAAUACCAGGCACUUCCUUUGUGAUGACCAUAAACGCUGCCAGUCAAGAUUCACUUUUGAAGUCAUAUGCUAAUUUUGCUCGUCAGUUAAAGUGCCCAGACUUUUCAGUGAUGCAAACCUUGAGCUCUAAGGAUUGGAACAUUGAGGACAAGAUUACCAAUCUCAAGACGCUUAUUGCUGCAAAAAUUCGGUGUUACACGUCUUGGCUAAUGGUGGUGGACAAUGUGACUAAUCUGACUUUUGUACACGAUCACCUACCACAGUCUGGAACCGAGACGUGGGCAAGAGGUCAGUUGUUAAUUACAACCCAAGAUACAAAGUCCAUCCCUUUAAAAAGCUCUUUCAUCAAUCACAUUUCAGUAAGCCGAGGAAUGAAUCCUUACGAUGCCACUUCCUUAUUGGCCAAGCUUUCUGGCGUCUUCGACAUAGAGCCAGCAGAAAACGUUGCCCAGAAACUGGACUAUCAGCCACUUGCUUUAGCAGGCGCGGCUGUGUUUGUCAAAGACAUUCGACAGGACAAAGCAUCGAAGCAUUUUGGCUGGGACCAAUACCUAAAGAUUUUACAAAACGGAAAACGAGAAACAACCGAAGAUACCCUAGCUGACACCAACCCGAUUUAUCCAAAUACGAUGACUACAGCAAUAACGUUAGCUGUCGAAGCACAAGUCAAAUCCGACAAGUUUUUUGAACACCUAUUCAGAUUUCUUUCCCUGUGCGCACCACAACCAUUAAACGUUGACAUAGCGGUUAGUUACCUUAUAAACGUUCUCGAACACGAUGACAAAGGGGACAAGGAACAACUUCGCAGGAGAUUCAAAAGAUGUUCACUGCUUCUUUUAGAGGAAGGAGAUAGUUGCUGUUACAUUCGUGUACAUCAGGUUGUGCACGACGCAAUGAAAUGGGUGAUGAGUGAAUGUACAGAGAAUCAAACGAUCAAGGUUGUAAGUGAAGCUGUUACAUCGUUUAACAAAUUUAUAGUCACAAUUCCACACGAAAAUAGAAGAAUGGACACCAUGCACAUCAUUCCGCACGUAAGUGCCCUUAUUGUACCAAUUAAUGCAGUUAUUAUUGCAGAAAAUAUCUCUCAAGUCCAUGUUCAGGACAUUUCUGAAAAAUUGUCGAAUCUUGGCGACACAUGUAAAAUGCACUGCGAAUUUAACGUGGCAAAGACAUACUUGGAAAGGUCUCUCGCUCUUCGCAUCAGGCUGGUGGGUGACCAAAAUGUCGAUGUUGCCUCCAGGUACAAUCACUUAGCUAUAAUUCACAAGGACUUAGGUGACUUUAAACAAGCAAAGGAGUAUCAGCAACGUGGUUUACCCAUCUUUCUCAAGAAGCUUGGUACUGAACAUGUUUUUGUUGCAACAAGCUACGGUAACCUAGCUGUAAUUCAAAAGGACUUAGGUGACCUUGAACAAGCAAAGGAGUAUCAGCAACGUGGUUUAGCCAUCCAACUCAAGAAGCUUGGUGCUGAACAUGUUUCCGUUGCAACAAGCUACAGUAACCUAGCUUUAAUUCACCAGGACUUAGGUGACUUUGAACAAGCAAAGGAGUAUCAGCAACGAGCCUUAGCCAUCUUUCUCAAGAAGCUUGGUGCUGAACAUGUUUCUGUUGCAACAAGCUACGGUAACCUAGCUUCAAUUCACCAGGACUUAGGUGACUUUGAACAAGCAAAGGAGUUUCAGCAACGUGGUUUAGCCAUCGAACUCAAGAAGCUUGGUGAUGAACAUGUUUCUGUUGCAACAAGCUACGGUAACCUAGCUUCAAUUCACAAGGACUUAGGUGACCUUGAACAAGCAAAGGAGUAUCAGCAACGUGGUUUAGCCAUCUUUCUCAAGAAGCUUGAUACUGAACAUGUUUCUGUUGCAACAAGCUACGGUAACCUAGCUUCAAUUCACAAGGACUUAGGUGACCUUGAACAAGCAAAGGAGUAUCAGCAACGUGGUUUAACCAUCUUUCUCAAGAAGCUUGAUACUGAACAUGUUUCUGUUGCAACAAGCUACGGUAACCUAGCUUCAAUUCACAAGGACUUAGGUGACCUUGAACAAGCAAAGGAGUAUCAGCAACUUGGUUUAGCCAUCUUUCUCAAGAAGCUUGGUGCUGAACAUGUUUCUGUUGCAACAAGCUACGGUAACCUAGCUUCAAUUCACAAGGACUUAGGUGACCUUGAACAAGCAAAGGAGUAUCAGCAACGUGGUUUAGCCAUCCAACUCAAGAAGCUUGGUGAUGAACAUGUUUCUGUUGCAACAAGCUACGGUAACCUAGCUUCAAUUCACAAGGCCUUAGGUGACGUUGAACAAGCAAAGGAGUAUCAGCAACGUGGUUUAGCCAUCUUUCUCAAGAAGCUUGGUGCUGAACAUCUUUCUGUUGCAACAAGCUACGGUAACCUAGCUUCAAUUCACAAGGACUUAGGUGACCUUGAACAAGCAAAGGAGUUUCAGCAACGUGGUUUGGCCAUCCAACUCAAGAAGCUUGGUGCUGAACAUGUUUAUGUUGCAACAAGCUACGGUAACCUAGCUUCAAUUCACCAGGACUUAGGUGACCUUGAACAAGCAAAGGAGUAUCAGCAACGUGGUUUAGCCAUCGAACUCAAGAAGCUUGGUGCUGAACAUGUUUCCGUUGCAACAAGCUACAGUAACCUAGCUUUAAUUCACCAGGACUUAGGUGACCUUGAACAAGCAAAGGAGUAUCAGCAACGUGGUUUAGCCAUCGAACUCAAGAAGCUUGGUGAUGAACAUGUUUCUGUUGCAACAAGCUACGGUAACCUAGCUUUAAUUCACCAGGACUUAGGUGACCUUGAACAAGCAAAGGAGUAUCAGCAACUUGGUUUAGCCAUCCAACUCAAGAAGCUUGGUGCUGAACAUGUUUCUGUUGCAACAAGCUACGGUAACCUAGCUUCAAUUCACAAGGACUUAGGUGACGUUAAACAAGCAAAGGAGUUUCAGCAACGUGGUUUAGCCAUCGAACUCAAGAAGCUUGGUGCUGAACAUGUUUCUGUUGCAACAAGCUACGGUAACCUAGCUUCAAUUCACAAGGCCUUAGGUGACCUUGAACAAGCAAAGGAGUAUCAGCAACGUGGUUUAGCCAUCGAACUCAAGAAGCUUGGUGCUGAACAUGUUUCUGUUGCAACAAGCUACGGUAACCUAGCCUCAAUUCACAAGGCCUUAGGUGACCUUGAACAAGCAAAGGAGUAUCAGCAACGUGGUUUAGCCAUCGAACUCAAGAAGCUUGGUGCUGAACAUGUUUCUGUUGCAACAAGCUACGGUAACCUAGCUUUAAUUCACCAGGACGUAGGUGACCUUGAACAAGCAAAGGAGUAUCAGCAACGUGGUUUAGCCAUCGAACUCAAGAAGCUUGGUGAUGAACAUGUUUCUGUUGCAACAAGCUACGGUAACCUAGCUUCAAUUCACCAGGACUUAGGUGACUUUGAACAAGCAAAGGAG